GUCACAGCCAAAUUCAUGUAGGUUAGUUAUUUAGUUAACUGGUUGGAGUUGUCGAUAACAAUGAUAGGUAUUGUACAUACAUCGAAUAUCAAAUAGCAAAAAGCAAAAAGCAAAACUCUUCAAAUAUUCCAUUGCAUGUAUUAACCUUCAUGAAGAUGAGGUCACCAGCUCUACGACUCGCCAAGAGCUCACUUGGAGGUGCUCAGGCAAGAUGCUACUCAACUACCCCCAAGCCAAUUCGACAUCUCAUGUCUAUGAGUGAUCUCACACCUGCUGAAUUAUCAAAGCUGGUGCUAAAUGCUGCGGCCCAUAAGAAGGCCGUCAAAUCUGGAGGUGUUCCGAAGAGCCUGAACAGUACCUUAACUGGCCAGUCCGUGGCCAUGAUGUUCAAUAAAUUGAGUACUCGUACCCGAGUCUCAACGGAGGCUGCUGUGGCUAUGAUGGGAGGGCACCCUAUGUUCCUUGGAAAGAACGAUAUCCAAUUAGGAGUGAAUGAGUCAUUGCUAGAUACCUCCAAGGUGAUCUCAUCUAUGACCUCCUGCAUGGUAGCUCGGGUCGGGCCUCACAGUGACGUGGUUGGUUUGGCGAAAGACUCAAGCGUCCCUGUCAUCAAUGCGCUGUCCAACGACUUUCACCCGCUUCAAAUAAUCGCAGACUUCCUUACGAUUCACGAGACGACUAAAGCUUCUCCUGCAGACAACCUCAUCGUUCCAAAAGGAUUGAAGGUAGCCUGGGUUGGAGAUGCGAACAACGUUCUGUUCGACUUCGCUAUCGCAUGUAUAAAGCUCGGCGUUGAGAUCUCAGUCGCCACACCCCGCGGCUAUGAGAUCCCAAAGAAUAUGGCAGAUCUGAUUACCAGCCAAGCCAAAUCCACCCAAACACCCGGGGUCCUGAACCAGACCUACGUCCCCGAGGAGGCCGUCAAGGAUGCCGAUAUAAUCGUGACCGACACCUGGAUUUCCAUGGGCCAGGAGGAGGAGGCGCAGAAGCGACUCAAGGACUUCGCUGGCUUCCAGGUCACCAAUGAGCUAGCAAAGAGGGGUGGUGCAAAGGCAGACUGGAAAUUCAUGCACUGCUUACCUCGCCAUCCCGAGGAAGUUGAAGAUGGCGUCUUCUACUCUCCGCGGUCACUUGUAUUUCCCGAAGCAGAAAACAGAUUAUGGGCUGCUGUCGCGGCUCUCGAGGGGUUUGUCGUCAACAAGGGGAACAUAGUCUAGACUACAAAUGAAACUUCCGUGGAGAGUAUAGGCCUUGUAAUUUACGUAUAUUAAACGUAGACGUUGAAUGUGGUAUUGGAAAAUUGGCUGGCAGUUUUAGAGGUGCCAAUUAUAGGUGCCCUCAAGAACUGGAAAAGGAGAAGCUCAGAUCCAUCCUUUGAGGGAAAAGUGAUUUCAAUACUGGCUCAAAAAGGGGGGCGUAAUAAAAUGUGACAAAAAAUUGUGAAUUCACUCUCAUAUUUGCAUUAAGUAAUUCACACUAUGCAAUUCUCGUGUAUAGAGAAACAAUGCCU